CUUCUCAACUCUUCUCGCUAUACUCGGACUACUCCUCGCUGCAGAUUCAUCUGUCGACUAGCCUGGACAAAGACUGGUAGAAAGACGCUACAGGGGAUUAAAGUUUGGAGCGUCAAACCAGGACUAUGUUCUCUUCAAGCCAAGAAUGGAACCAGUACAGGAAUCUUACUCGCUGUGCGGAUGGGUAAAGAAGAUACAGUCUGGUGAUGCUUGCUGGUUUGCUUACGGAACAUCUAGUGAUACCAAUGAGAUUACCUCAGCAGAUAACGGAUAUUUCCUCACGUUGAGCACCUAUGUAGAUACAAGGAGCAAAGUAACUGACCAGCUAGGAACAUGGAGACAUGUGUGCUACACGUGGAGUCUCACUACUAGAGCAGCUAGUGUGUACUAUGAUGGGUUACUUCUCAGAUCAAGCACAACCCCCUCUGGUAAGAAGCUUGGUUUAGACGGGUAUAUUGUACUGGGCAAUGAGUUUGAUACAUAUGGAGGAGGAUUUGAUGAUGCUUUUGGUGGUGAACUGUUCAAGGUCAACAUGUUUGACAAAGAACUGAGUGCUGCUGAAGUGAAAGAGAUGACGGACGGUGGUCUCUGUUCCGAAGUAGAAGAGAAAUAUGGACGAAGUAGGUAUCUGAAAUGGGAAGACAUGCUUCUUGGGGAGAAAUCAGGAGAUGUCACUGAGAUCGAUGUAGGCUGCACCCCUGAACCAAAAGAGAAAGAUGAAGUGGUAGAAACCAACAGUACAGAGGACUGUGAAUGUGAGCAGGGGAACGGAACAACAUUCAGCCGCUGGGACCUGCUACGAGGAGAAAAGUUCUUCAACAAGACGGUCUCCGUGGAGUUAGUGGAGGAACUGAAACAGACAUGGGACGUUCUUGGAGAUUUUGAAGGUGCAACAGUGACAGAAAGGUUUAUUUCUCACUUCAAGUUUUUUCACGACGGGCAAACUUGCAGCUGAUUGGACUGGAUACUCUACAGUGUGUAACAUGUAACUGCGAUCGUAACUGUAAAGACGUACGAGAGUCUAACCUUUAUUAUCCGUUAUUAUCCGUUAUCUGCUUUCUUUGUGAAUUUCUUGUUGUCGCUUUAGGUAAAAAAUUAACUUGCGGCACAAAGUUUGCGAACUUUUGCAACCUAAUCCGAGAUAGAGAAA